UUAAACAUAAAUAUCACUAAAUGCCUCCAGUCAAAUUUACUAUUUUUUUUGGGUCAAAAUUUACUAAUUCCCCAUAUACUGUAAUAAUCUGAGUCAUAUCAUUCUGACUUCUGAGUGAGGAAAAGGGGCAUUUUAGUCAUUUACGUCUAAUACAGAGACUCGUUUCUUCUUCUCAAUCUCAAUUGAAUCAAAAUUAGGGUUUUCUCGUUACCCCCAAGUUCCGAUCUUUGAUUCACCGGAAUCAAAUGGUUCUUGGAAAACGAACUCGUGAACACUCCACUGACUCCAAUGACAAACCCAUCUCUUCGUCUCCCCUCAGGAGGAUCAUCCAUGACGACAACGUCUCCGGCGUGGAGUCGAUGCUCCGGAGGAGAAAACAACCCAAGACAACGCCAGUGUCUUCUCCCUCUAACAACAAGAUGGCCUGGACUAAAGACGACGAGCUCAUCAUCCUCGGGGUUUAGUAUUGUAGAUUACGAGAAGGAAACGAAGCUGAGUCAUAGAUCUGACUGGGAUGCGUUCUACGGAUACGUUAAAGAUUUUAUAGAAGCGGACUUCUCUAAGAAGCAGCUUACUGAUAAGAUUAGGAACUUGAACAAGAGGUUUUUGGGUAACAAGGCGAGGUGUGACGAUGAGGAAGGGCCUUCGUUUACUGAUACUGAAGACGAUAUCAUCUUCAAGUUGUCAGUGAUCAUUUGGGAUUCAACGAAUGAAACAGAGUGUGCUUCUGAUGAGAAUGUGGACCAAGGGAAGGUGGAUGCACCUUGUGUGGAGCAUGAAAAAGUUAGUGAGAGUAAUAUGGACCAAGCUAAGGACGUACCUUGCGUGGAGCAUGAACGUGUUGAUGAGAAUAUAGAGCAGGCAAAGGUAGAUGCGUCUUUGGUGGAGCAUGAACGGGUUGAUGAGAAUAUGGAACAAGCAAAGGAUGUGCCUUGUGUAGAGCAUGAGCCGGUUGAUGAGAAUAUGGACCAAGCAAAGGUAGAUCUACCUUGUGUGGAGGAUGAACGGGUCGAUGAGAAUGUGGACCAAGGAAAGGUUCUUGAUUUGGAUAAGGAUGCGCCUUGUGUGGAGCGUGAACGAGUAAAUGAGAAUAUGGACCUUGGCCAAGAAAAGGAUGUACCUUGUGUGGAGCAUGAACUAGUUAACGAGAAUAUGGACCCUGAAGAAGUAGAGAUGGCUGUUCCUUGCGCGGAGGAUGGACCGUUGAGUAACGUAAGUAUAGAGACUGAUAAAGGAGAGAAAGAGAAGAGUGAGGAAGAGUUUGUUGCCAUGAAGGAUGCACUAACUGAUAAAGACAAUAAUGAGGAAGAUGGUGUGGAUGAGUUUUGUGCUACGAAGGAUGCACUAACUGAUAAAGAUAAGAGUGAGGAAGAUAGUGUGGAUGAGUAUUGUGCUCUGAAGGAUGCACUUGAGGAGACGACAUUCUUUCAAAGCAUAGGUAAAUAUCAACAGAAGGUCCUGCUUCAGAAUUUGAAAAACCUUAGAGGUCCAAGAAGAAAAGAGCUAGCUGACGAGUUGAAGGAAUUGCUUGACGAGGAGAUGAAAGUGCGUUGCAAGAAACUGAGUUUAUCCGCAAAGCUUGCAAGCGCAUGGGAGGAGUCUUGUUGAUUCAAGAAACAUCAAGUUUUGCUUUCUUUUUUUUUGGUACUACAUGGUGGUUCUUGCUACUAAUGAUUUUUUGAUGCUGAAGCCAAUAUAGAAAAGGUUGUGGCUUGUCUUUUUGUUAGUGUGUGACUAGUUUUUUUUUGUUAAUCAGUGAUUGUUACUCUCGUUUCACAGAAGUGAUAUUUUUACAAUUUUUUUUUGUUAUAUAAAGCAUGUUAUUAUUUUAA